UCCAGCAACAGCUUCAUGUCCUCUGCAUCUAUGGGCUCCUUUCGCCACAUGUCCAUGUCUAGUGGAGGUAGACACAUCAGCGCCAUGAGGGGCGGCAGCGUGUACGGGGGUGCCGGUGGGUCCGGGGUGCGCAUCUCUAGUGCCUCCAGCACCUUCUCUGCUGGUAGUGAGUCUGGUGGCAGCUCCAACCUAGCCGACGCUGUCUACCUGAACGGAAAUAAGAAGGCCACCAUGCAGAAUCUGAAUGAUCGCCUAGCCUCCUACCUGGACAAGGUCCGCUCCCUAGAGAAGGCCAAUGUUGAUCUGGAGGUGAAGAUCCACCAGUCCCUGGAGAAAAAAGCCACAACUGAGACUCAUGACUGCACUGCCUUCAAAGUCGUCGUCAGCAAACUCCAAAACCAGAUCUUUGAUGCCACUCGCAUGAAUGGAGGAUUCUACCUGGCUAUUAACAAUGCUAAGUUGGCAGCAGAUGACUUUCAAGUCAAGUAUGAGAAUGAGCUGGCUAUGACGCAAUGUGUGGAGGCUGAUAUUGCUGGGCUGAGGCGGGUGAGGGACGAGCUGACCAUUGGAGGAUCCAACCUGGAGAUGGCGGUUGAGGAGCUGAAGGAGGAGUUGGUCCACCUCAAGAAGAACCACAAGGAGGAGGUCAAGGCCCUUCGGGCGCAGGUGGUUAAUCAGACGGUCAACGUGGAGGUUGAUGCUGCCCCACAGGAAGACCUCACCAAAGUCAUGGCUGAGAUCCGUGAGCACUACGAUGCUGUUACUGCCAAGAACCAAAACGAACUGGAGAGCUGGUUCAAUGCAAAGACAGAAGAAAUCCAGAAAACUGUCGCCUGCAGCACAGAGACCGUCCAAUCAUCCCAAUCUAAAAUCACUGAAGUUAAACGCAUAAUGCAAAGUCUAGAAAUUAAAUUCCAAUCUGAACUCAGCAUGAAAGCUUCCCUGGAGGGCACCCUGGCUGACACACAGAACCGCUAUGCCAAUAUGCUAUUGAGUUAUCAGAUGCAGGUGACCAGCUUAGAGGGCCAUCUUGGUCAGAUACGUGGUGACUUGGAGCGCCAGGGACAGGAAUACCAGAUUCUGCUGGACAUCAAGACCAGGCUGGAGAUGGAGAUCACUGAGUACAGGAGACUGCUGGACGGAGAAAUGACAAGCAGUGUCUCAGCAGCCACCAAAACACACAAGGUGGUGACUAUCAUCUUGGAAAGUGUUGACGGCAAGGUGAUCAGUGAGACCAAGACCAAGUGAGACAUCUUAAAACGGAAUUCACAGAACAGAACACGAUCCCGCUGAUUCCUACUGUCAACCUUUCUCAGAAGCUGUGAUUCAAUUGGGUUGUGUAAACUUGUAUCUUAGGAUUUAUAUACUUCCUCUGAUACCUUCAGAGAGAUUUGUCAAUAAAACUAAGCCCUAAAACUUUUGUUUCAUUUUUGUUUUGGUUUGACGGAAUCAUUUUAUAAAAUUAAAGCUAUCGACAAUAUAGUUGAGGCAAUU